AUGGCGCCCUCCUUUGUGACCAUUGAUACCAGCGACGACUUCGACAUGGCUCCGCCAGUCAAAACGCUCUUCACUACUUUCGACCGCCAAACCACAGACCUCCAGAUGCUCGACCGUCUCUCCGCCGGCAUUGUCUCCCUCCCCUCCUCCACAUAUUCCCUCGUCCUCAUUCUUACCGACACCGAUGGCUCACACCGUGCCGAAGCCCUACAGCUUCUCACUCGAGAUGUAUACACGGCCCUCGUGCCGUCCAUGAAGCCGGGCGCGAAGCUCCAAACCCAAGAUAAAGCCCUGACAGCUGCGGAAGCCAUGGAGGCCGUGAUGGCUGGCCUGGUGCAGAAUGAGGCGGGUUUCGAGAAACCGAAUUAUCAACAAUCAUCCGCUGUGCCGCUCAAGUUGGGAUCGAGGAAGAAGAAGACCGCCCCGCCGGCAGGUAUUCCAGUAUUGGGCUUCACGGCAAACAGCAUUAAUGAGAAUAACCAUGACCGGGAUGAUAACGACGAGUUAAUUAAUGAGGAUUCUCUGAUUGACGAGGAAGAUUUCACGAGACCAAUUAUGCCCCCCCCAGAAUGCCAGCCGAAGACCGGUCGCAGGCGGCGAGCCUGCAAGGAUUGUACGUGUGGUCUUGCUGACCGCCUCGAGGCGGAGGACAAGGAGCGCCGUGCGAAUGCCGAUAAGAAUUUGAACGUACUUAAGCUACAGACGGACGACUUGACCGAGCUGGACUUCACCGUCGAGGGCAAGACUACUGGGUCUUGUGGCAGCUGUGCGCUGGGCGAUGCUUUCCGGUGUGCGGGUUGCCCAUACCUGGGACUGCCCGCAUUUAAGCCUGGCCAGGAGGUCCAGAUCCUGAAUGACGUUGCGCAGUUGUAA